AUGGGCAAAGCGAGGAAGGAGGCAUAUGAACAGCUAGGUAAUAUCCAAGGCUUGUCGAUGGACGAAAAAAUUAACCUCUGGUGGGUUUAUAUGAAUGCAGUGGACAUCAAAUGGGUUGGUCAAGUCUAUAGUUCGAAGACAAAAUCAUGGAAAACAAUUGAGCAUUGCGCGGAUUUACUUUUCUGUGGCAGAGAGGGGGUGUUUGCAGGUGGGAAGCUUUACUGGACGAGUUUUAAUGGACAUAAAGAAGAUAUUAUUUUCUUUGACUUGAAGAGUGAGGUGUUUGGAAGGAUUGAGCUUCCCUUUGAUCAGGAGAAGUACGGGUUCUGCUCGGUGGGUUCGAUUGGUGGUUUCCUUUGUGUGCUGUCUUGUAAUUAUGAAAGAGGCGUUCGAGUUUGGGUCAUGGAGUCUUGGGAGAAAGUGGUGACUCUUGAUCGUCUUCUUGAGCUUCUUCAACCACCACCAUUGUUGGUGGGUGUAAAGGGAGAGAUUUUGGUAAAUUGUGGAUCCACUGUGUUGGUUUACGAAUGUCAGGAUAAUGUGGUCCGCAGCCUCAAGUAUUGUUCCUGUUGUUGGAAUAGUGUGUUCACCAAGCUCGACGAUUGUGUUCGUUCCAUUUCAGAACGUGUCUAUGUUGAAAGUUUAGUCUCGCCACAAGAUUUAUGA